AACGCCAUCCCCAACAAAGAUUGUUUAUAAAAGUCGUUCCUUACAGGGCAUUCUCUAUUCUUGCAGAGUCAAAAUUGAACCAUGAAAGUAUACAGCAAAACAAGAAAAAGUAGAAGAAAGCUUAUCAUCGGUUGUACUUCCUUGGAACAUUCAUUCGCUGCUGAAUUAAUUGCCAACAAUUCAGAUCUCCUAACAGAGAUCCUAAUCCGAGUCCCAGCAAAAUCCCUAAUCAGAUUCAAGUUGGUCUCAAAGCAAUGGCUCUCUCUCAUCUCCCACUCCCAAUUCGCCUCCGACCACGCUCGCCGAAAUCACCACUCCUCCGUCUCAGCCUUAUAUUUCUACUCAAACCGUUGGUCUCCCGAUGAACAACUACAGUCUGUAUCAAUUGCUGGACACCAAGCUCUUCUUCCCACACUCUCCUUUCUCGAUGGUGUCGUUGUAUCAAGUUCUGCAACUACGAUUGAACGCUCUUGCAAUGGUUUAAUCUUGUGCUCUAAUGGUUUCAGAAAACAUCCAUAUAUUGUUUGUAAUCUCACCACAAAGAAAUUCUCACUUCUUCCUGCUAUUGGUCCCACUUCAUCUGAAUCGUAUCGUAAAAAUACUGCUGCUUUCUUGGCUUUUGAUCCUGCGAAAUCGCCUCACUAUAAAGUUUUAUUGUUUAGUUACAGUUAUGUUAAUAAUGAACACUGGGUUGAAAUUGAAAUUUACAGUUCGCAGACUGCGUCUUGGAAACACGUUUCUGUGCCUGAACCGCGAGCUGUGCCAUUCAAGUUCAGCGUGUUUUGGAACGGAGCAAUUCAGGGUAUAAGCUCUACGAAUGUUCAUGCUCGAUUUGACGUUGAGGAAGAGAAAUUGAUACAAACCCCAUGGCCUCGAAACCCUAAAAUCCUUUCUCUUGAUAAGUUCAGGUAUUUUGGAGAAUGUGGUGGCGAUUUGAUUCUUAUUCAGGCUCCUCAGCGUUGUGCUAUGGGAUUCAGAAUCCUUCAGAUGCACAGGGAUUACUGUGAGUGGAUUGUGAAGUACCGGGUUAAUCUUAGACCCAUUUUAUCUAUAUUUCCUAAGACAGAACGCAAAACCAUAGACACAUGCUCUGAAUUUAAUGUGCUCUGUGCCGUGAAGGGAGCGAAUGAAAAAGAUUUUACACUGGUGUUAGCUAUCCGGGGCAAAGUUAUUUCUUAUAAUGUCAUGUCCAAGACAUUGAAGGAGCUUCAUGAUUUAUCAACAGAAGAUACUGUUCAUUGGGGAGCAAGUUGGUGUAAUACUACUUGUUAG